AUGUCUGAAAUUAAGCAGAGGAAGAAAGGUGUUUCUUCACCCAAGACCAAUGAAGGUUCACAGAAGGUUGAGAAGCAUAAUAAUUUUGGGAAGAUGGCAAGUCCCAGGACCAGCAAUAAUCGGAACAUGUUUUGGAUGGACUCAAGGACAAGCCUGAGUGUAAUUUCCCUUGUUCUUUGCCUGGUGCUGACCUGGUUCCUAUUUCAGCAGUCAAAUCAAUUUGCUGAUAUGGAAAAAAAGUACAAUUUCUUACAGCAAGAAGCUGAAAAAUUCCUGGAUGUGGAAAACAGAGUUAACUUAAUUUCUAAAAAGCUUGAGUCUUCAGAAAGUAUCCUACAAGAAGCUGCCUCAUCCAUCUCUGUGAUGACUGAAUUUGAGCAGGAAAUCUCUUCUCUUCAUAACAUCAUAAAUGAUAUACAGAACAAUGAAAAAACUCUCUCUCUAAAGAUGCAGAGCAUUAAUGAGAAGUUCCAAAACGUUACCAGUUCCUGGAGAAGAAGUUUGGAUGAAUUGAACACAAACACUAGCAGUUUAAAGUCUGAAGCAAAGUCCAUACAUACAGAAGUUACUUCCCAAAUUAAUGAAGUUGACCAAAGAAUUAAAUCCCUUUCAGAAAGAGUAAGAGAUUUGGAAGACAGUACAGCCAGAAAUAUUAAAACACUGAAAAGGCAAGAAGAUGAUGAAUUCUCUAGAGUUGAACAAAAGCUGGACUCACAAGCAAAGGCAGUUGAAAAGCUAGAAGAAGAACAGAACAGUCUGGUAGCUAAGAACACAGACCUGAAUCAGAAACUUGUGAACUAUGAACCUAAAAUUGAGGAGUGCAAGACCUAUUUGCCAACAAUUGAAAAUGCUGUUCACUCUAUUCUUAGGUUAUCAAGCGAAAUGCUAAGUAUGGAGAAAAAAAUAGAGGACUUGACAACACAGCUAUAUGCUGUAGAAAAUGACAUGUUGAAAAGUCUUUCUGAUACAGCAGAGAUGCAAAAGCUUCUUGACAGCAUACAGGAAAAUAACAGUGUGCUGAAAGUGCAAAAUGAAAUAGUGGCUUUAGAAGUAGUGCAUGACACAGAAGUAUCUUCAGAAGCAAAAGAAAUCACUCCAGAAAGCUGUAACUCAGAAAAUGAGCAGGAUGAGGAUAAGUGA